AUGAUUGUAAACCCAUUUUUAAAUGAAUUAUUACAACUCAUUUUUAAUAACCUUGAUGAUGAUAUUGGUUCUUUAUUUUCAUUAUUAUUUGUAAAUAAAAAUUGGUGUGAAAAUGCCGUCCCCAUCUUGUGGAGAAGACCAUUGAGUUAUGAUCGUCAUAAUUUUGAAGAAACAACGAAAAUCAAAAAAAUAAUUCCAAUACUUCUUUCACAAAUCUCAUUACAAGAAAGAAUCGAUUUAGAACUUAAAGAUAUUCCAACUAAAACUAUGUUUGAUUAUGUAUCGUUUAUUAAACAAUUUGACAUAUCCUUAUUAGAUUGGUUAGUUUGUGAGAAAUAUACCAUGGCAAUAAGCAAAACUAUUUUUAUGAAAACAAAAAGAUUAGAUGAAUUAACAUUUUUAUAUGAAGCAUAUGGAGAUGAUCUUUAUGAAAGUAUUUUUACAUUACCAAAAUCACAAAUGUUACUUAAUCAUAUCACAAAGUUGAAGUUUAAUUCUACUGGAAAAUAUUCACUUUUUCCUAAUUUAUCAAUUUAUGUUAAAAAUAUCAAAUAUCUUUCCAUUAAUUUUUCCUGCAGUAGUAAUAAUCAUAAAAAUGUUGUGAAAUUUUUUGAGGAUCUUAUUGAAUUUAUUUCUGUUCAAAAUAAUUUGGAAUAUUUUAUCAUAAAUAUUAGAUCUAAUCUUUUUAGUAUUAUGCAUAUGGAAAAAUGGAGAGGACUUUUCUUUAAACUUUCUGAAUCUCAUUCUAUAAAGUAUAUAAUGAUUAAAGGUUGUAUUGAUGGAGAACAAACUGAUUUGAAUUUUUUAUCUAAUUGUUCAAAUCUUGAAGAAUUACAUUUAGAUUCUAUGAUUAUUGAUUAUGAUAAAUUGGUAUGCUUAGAAAAUAUUUAUCUACCAAAAUUAUUUUCUUUCUCAUUAUUAGGUUGUUAUUUCAUUUCUCCGAAAUAUAAUUAUGUUUAUAAAACAAAUUUAUGGCUAACUUAUAUUACAGCAUUUUUAAUGAAUCAUAGUAAUACUUUGAAGGAAUUAAAAAUAAUUUUAAUGCUCGAAACUGUCAAACGAAAUUAUUUGAAAUCAAUCCUUGCCGAUUUAUCAUUAUAUUGUCAAAAUCUUACAUUGAUUGGAUUAAACUUGGAUCAUAUUUUUGGUUAUUAUGUAGAAUAUAGAGAGAAAGUUGAUAAAGUUGAUGAAAUAUUUUUUAAUUUACCUAAAGAAUUAUUAUUGAUUUUUAUAAGAUCACUUCCUAAAACUUUAAAAUCUCUUUCAUUUGAAGGAGUAAUUGAACUUGAUUAUUUAGAAGAAAUUAUAAAAAAUUAUAUUGAUAAUUUAAUUAAUUUAGAUUUCUAUUAUUAUACAUGUGUUAAAGUAUUAGAAAGAGAUAUUGAUGAAAUGACAAAAAAUAGAAAAUUAAAACUUAGUUAUGAUAAAAAAAGAAUUAGUAUUAAUUGGACAUCAAUAUAUAGAUAUUUUUUAGAUUUUAAUUACCCUUGGUUAGCUAGCCAUUCAAUGGACGGCAAAGUAUUUAACUCAUAA